CACCUGGUUUCGUCGGCCGGGCUGUUGAGGAGGUCCCCCGGUCCACGCCGCAAGAUCCCCGCCGUCAUUGCCCCCGCGCUCCCGAACCGCUCGCGCAUGGUGGCGGCGCGCGUGUCCACCUCGCGCGUUCCCGCGGAUCCCGCGGGGCGGGACGACGCGUUCGACCCCUCGAACACUAUCAUAUACCGAUUCGACAACGACGGCAACCCCGUUGAGGGCACCCUGAUGAGUGACGUCAUGGGGGCCUCGGGCGAUGCCUCCGACGCCAUCAGCGCGUCCACUGCACUCGUCGACAUCGUCGCGGAAGUGUACGAUCACGUCGAUGAGGACGGAUCCGAGACCGCGGUCGAGGUAAUCCGCAGUGCAGACGGCGACAUCAUGUUCAGGUUUGUGGGGAAGGAUGCGGAGGACUUUCAGGCGAGGGCGACGGCAAACGUGAAGAAGGAGCAGACGCCCGCCGAACGCGCUCAGAUGCUGCUGGACGAGGCACAGGAACUCAUCGAACAGGCCCGUGCUCUCCAGAACGGCGAAGACGAGCUCGCCGCCGCGACCGAGAAGGCCAAGCUGGCUGCUGCGGCUGCCGCGAAGGAGCUCGCGCCCAAGGAGAGUGUCGUCGAGCCGGCAUCGGACGGCACGGUGAUCAUGAGGCGCGAACGAAAGGCGCCCGAAGGCGGCGAUGCGCUCGGAAAGGGUUUUGAACACGUGUCCAAGAUGGGCAUAAAGUCAAUCGUGGAUGGCAUCGAGAACAUGUUCGAUAACUUCCGCCGAGCUGUGUCCCCGGAGAAGCAGCCGAGGCUGCCUAAGACACCGGAGGGCACGCCGUGGGUUGACCACGAGAAGGUCCCCACGGCUGGUGUCGACGUCGCGUUCGAUUCUUUCGGGACCGACGACGUUUCGUCAUCGAGUGACUACAUGUCCGUCGAAAACGCGGAUUCAGAGGAGGCCCGCGAGGCGGAGGAGAUUGAGGAGGAGCAUGCUCAAUGGGCUGAGACGGCGGCGCAAGUGAGAUCCUCCGGCGAUGUGACCAAGGUUGAGUCUGAGCCCGAGGAGGACGAGGAAGCGAAACUCGCCGAGGCGAUCGAGAGAUAUUCAAGUAUGGGAUCGGUCGUCGCUGGCGCCUGGAGGCCCAAGCCCAUCGACGUGACGAUCGGUGGGAAGGUUUAUGUGGCCUAUAUUUCGCCAAACAGCUUGCGCCAGCUCCCCGGGGGGAAGAUGGCAGUGGUCGAGGACGAUGCAGAGAAGCCCGGAGACACCACAACCAUCAUCAUGUGCGAUCCCCAGGAUGACGGGACGAACGUUUUCAUGUUUGGGCUCACGCGGACGGUGCUGGAUGAUGGAAGUAUCUUGUACAGAUUCCCCUCCGGCGAAGCUCUCGGCCAGAGUCGCCGCUAGAGCUCACCAACUUACUGAUUGCCGCGCAAAACCGAUCGCCGGGAGUCCGCCGCACCAACUAACUACCUAGCGCGCUGUUAUAAAAUCCAGGCUACGCAUGUC